AUGCGACCCAUGUCUUCAGCUUGGCUUCGUGUCACCUCCCAAAACCCGACAGUUAGUCCACACAAAAAUAAAAACCGCACUCUGGCCCAAUCACGCACGUGUUACCAUUGCAGCUGCCAAGAUGAGAUAAAGCAGGAUUUGAAUCUGAUCCAACGUGGCUUAUGCACGGCACAGAGAUAUCAAAGCCCACUGCAGACAAAUUGGUAG